AUGUUUCAACCUGGAUUUGGAGGUAACUUUGAUCCGGGCAACUCGGAUCACCUCUACAACAUGGCGCGCCACGGCCGACGACCGAUUAUCCAGCGAUUCGACGAAUACUACAGAUGCUACCCCGUCAUUAUGGCUCCUGGAAACGAGCGGCCAGAGCUCAACUACGGUUCCAAGAUUCUUCUCCCGGCUUCCGCGCUCGACAAAGUAUCAAAGCUUCACGUGCAGUGGCCUCUGUUGAUGGAACUCAUCAACGGCGAGAAAGGACGUCACUCGCACGCCGGUGUCCUCGAGUUUAUUGCAGAGGAAGGCAGAGCGUAUAUUCCACAAUGGAUGAUGGAGACCCUAGGUAUGGAAGUCGGUGAUAUGAUCCAGAUCCGAACGACAUUGCUCGAGCUGGCCAAAAUGGUCAAGCUUCAGCCGCAAUCCACCAACUUUCUCGAGAUUAGCGAUCCCAAGGCUGUGCUGGAACGUGCUUUCCGGAACUUUGCCACGCUGACCAAGGGCGACGUUUUCAACUUUGAAUACAACGACGAGGUCUACGACGUGGCGGUACUGGAUGUGAAGCCGGAAACAGAUAAAAUGGGUGUCAGUAUGAUCGAGACCGAUGUGUCCGUCGAGUUUGCUCCUCCCGUUGGCUACGUCGAGCCAGAGCGGAAUAGUGGCACCAGCACACCCAGCACACGACCCGGUGUUCCGGCAGGCGGCGUAUUACACAGUCAAGGCACCAUGGCUCAAGCAAUCAACUACAGCGCCAUCGCCCCGUCCGUCACCAGCAAUCCCACAAAUUUCCUCGGCGAAGGCCAGCGGAUUGCCAAGAAGGGCAGCAAAACUGCCACUCCAAAGCCAGCAACGCCCGUACCUGUCGACGCAGUGGUUCCGCGACGACAGACCGGCGCGCCCGCCCCUCUCCGACUUGCGCCAAACAAGCUUUUCUUUGGCUACGAGAUCACACCCGUCAAGACCGACGCAGACAAGGAGAAGGAGAAGGAGAGUGUUGGCAAGCCUCACUUUGCGGGACAAGGACAGAGCCUGCGGGGCACCGUCAAGCGCAAGGGCGAAGAUGAUGACAAGGACAAGGCUCCUGGGAAGAAGGGCACUGGUGAGGGCCACCGGCUAGACGGAAAACAACCGCGUUAG